GGUGAUUGGUCUUUGCAGCGAGAAACUCCAGUGCUGACUACCUCGCUUUUGUUAUUGUAGCCAACGCGAGCAUAGGCGCUCAUAGCGUCUGGAUACGCGCGACAAGAGACAGAACGGGUGGUGAUACACUGAUAAGAGCGGUGGACUGGGGGCUAUUAAUAGAAGAACGGAACUUUGAAACUCCGCUACAAUUUCGUCUCACUUGUAUGCUACAAGUUUCCCCGAUUUGACAAUGUCUGUGAAUGCCCCCAAUAGUAAUGAUGCAUGUCUGAGCAUCGUACAUAGCUUGAUGUGCCAUCGCCAAGGGGGGGAAAACGAAGGCUUUGCCAAACGAGCCAUUGAGAGCUUGGUGAAGAAACUGAAAGAGAAAAAAGAUGAGCUAGACUCCCUCAUCACUGCCAUCACCACCAAUGGUGUCCACCCCAGCAAGUGUGUCACAAUCCAGAGGACGCUGGAUGGAAGACUCCAGGUUGCUGGGCGGAAAGGCUUCCCCCAUGUGAUCUACGCUCGGCUGUGGCGUUGGCCAGACCUCCAUAAGAACGAACUCAAGCAUGUCAAGUUCUGUCAGUACGCCUUCGACCUCAAAUAUGACAAUGUCUGUGUGAAUCCUUACCAUUAUGAGAGGGUUGUGUCACCAGGCAUAGUGGGACUCAGUAUACACAACACUGGCCCCCCAGGGAGACUAAUCAAAGAGGAGUACAGCCAUGACUGCAUCCAGAUGGACGUCCCUCCCUCUAGGAUGCCCUCCCAGUCCAAUCACCUCUCCACGGAUCACUACGGCCAGCCGUUGCCCCCCCUUCAGCUCCACCCAGAGUCUUCUCAUCCCACUCCUGUCAGCCACUAUGGCAACAUCCCCCGUUCGCCUCCAGCAACCGGCCCGAUGUUGUCCAUGCAGGGGGGCCAUAAUGAGGGCCUGUUGCAGAUCGCCCGCCCCCGGAGUCUGUCCUCCACCCCUCCCCCCUCCACCCCCACCCACGGCCCUCCGCAGACCCCCACCAGUCAGAGCGACUACAGCACCCCCAAACACUCCCAGUCCCAGGGCUCCUUCCACACUACCUGGACAGGCUCCAGUACGGCCUCCUACACACCUGUAGGACCUCAACAGAAUGGGCGCAGUCACCAACAGCAGUCAUCCCAUCAGCAGCCCACUCAGCCCACCCAUCACUUCUGGUCUCAACAUCACACUCCCGCCUCUUUUCCUCAACCCGUGUCCAAUCAUCCAGGUCCAGAAUUCUGGUGCUCAAUCUCAUACUUUGAGAUGGACAUCCAGGUAGGGGAGAUGUUUAAGGUUCCAGCUAACUGCCCUGUGGUGACCGUGGAUGGCUACGUUGAUCCAUCUGGAGGUGACCGGUUCUGUUUGGGCCAGUUGAGUAAUGUUCACCGUACUGAUUCGAGUGAGAGGGCUCGGCUACACAUCGGUAAAGGGGUGCAGUUGGAGUGUCGCGGGGAGGGCGAUGUGUGGAUGCGUUGCCUGAGCGACCAUGCGGUCUUUGUGCAGAGCUACUACCUGGACAGGGAGGCAGGCCGAGCCCCGGGCGACGCGGUCCAUAAGAUAUACCCGGGGGCUUACAUUAAGGUGUUUGACCUGAGACAGUGCCACAGGCAGAUGCAGCAGCAGGCGGCCACAGCUCAAGCAGCAGCCGCUGCCCAGGCCGCCGCUGUGGCGGGCAGCAUCCCGGGUCCUGGCAGCGUGGGGGGCAUCGCUCCGGCUGUCAGCCUCUCAGCAGCUGCAGGUAUUGGGGUGGAUGACCUGCGGCGCCUCUGUAUCCUGCGGCUGAGUUUCGUGAAGGGUUGGGGCCCAGACUACCCCCGGCAGAGCAUCAAGCACACCCCCUGCUGGGUGGAGGUGCACCUGCACCGGGCGCUGCAGCUUCUGGACGAGGUGCUCCACUCCAUGCCCUUGGCUGACCCGGGCCCGGCCAACUGAGUGGGAAAGCCCCUCCUCCCAUCUCCCCUCUGGUUCAUCUUCUGUCCUCUCCUCCCCUCGCACAGCAUGCAAUAACAGCCCCACCCAGGCGUGGUACUGUGUAGACUUUGUGUGACUCAUGCAACCAAAGAAAGACACACACACACACACACACACACAUACAUACAAACACACAUCUUUAUUUCAACCCACAAAUCACAUUUCUUACAUAUAGACACACAAACACACCCACGCACACACACACACACACAUGAACACGCUCUUUUCCAUGGGUAGUUCCAGCAGACAGCACCUAUUGACCUGCCCACUAUUUAGUCUGCAGCUGCCGGGUGGAGAAACUGACUUGUUGCCAUGGAGAUGCAGCACCAGCGCCACGGUCAGGUUUCCACACGUGGUCGCCAGAGUGACCAGUGGCCCGUACCCUGCGGCGGUGAGAUUUUCCCUGGUGCAAGCCGGUGGUUAGCCCAAGGUGUACCGGAGGAUCACUCAGGAAACCAGACUAAAUAAUCAUAUUUCGACCUGUCCACUGAAUAAAACAAACAGCUCAGACUUCGAAAUCCGUUUACCCACGUGGGAUUAAGUGCCAGGCAACUCCAUUCCUGGUUCAUUCAUUUUUUUUAGGUGAAGUCAAUAUAUUCCAUUCUCUUACAUGGGAAAUUUGAUUUGGUAGUUGAAACAUCCGUGCUAAAACAUGACUGUCAGGGAAUUCACUAUUAACACUAAUUUACCUCCCAUACACCAGAGAUCACAACAGGCACCAAAAAGAAAAACAGAAAAAUGACCAAAAAACACCUUGUGGCCUUCUUCCUAAGUACGUGUUGACAUUAAGAUGGUUGAUAAUAUGCUAGAGAUACAGCAUGAGGCUUAAGUGAGGUUGGGCUAAGUAUGUAUCCUAUAGUGAAAGUGGUGCACCAUCCUCCUUACCUGUACUUGCACAGGGGGUGGUUGCUGUCCUCGGACAUCCACUGUCCCCAUGCUAUUGGCCUUCAUUUCUCGGUUGCAUUGUUAUCAUUUAUAGUUGUUCCAGACUCACAUCCAAAGAGUAAGGCAGACACACUUUCUUUUAUCUGUCUUUCUGGCUGUAAACUGACUCUGUGACCUUGGCAUUGCAACCACCAGGCCCACUGAUAUAAUCGAUGCCUUUCUCUCAAAGGAAUGUAGGACGAUCGUAACAUGACUGAGUGUUAUCGUUGUGGUAGGGUUAAGCCAUCUGAGCUGUCCUUCGAAAACUAGGCCCUAAGAUACUGUAUGCUCUAUAGUGUGCUCUUUCAUACCUCUAAGCCAAAAGACAGUAGCUGCCCGUCUCAAACAUAGGAGCAUUUUAAAUCCAUUCCUUUGUUUUUAUGUAACUUGGCUGGUAUUGGUAGACAUUUUCUGUUAGCUCAUGGAUUGUGUGUACUUUUACAUUAUACUUGAAUACCAUUGACUGCCAAAGAACCUCCCUGAUGGUGAUCAUAUUAUCACACAUAUAAAAAUCUAAAUGCCCAAAAAUGGAAUGGCUACUACUGACUGCAAUUCAGAAGACCAUCCUUUAUAUUAAACUGCCUUGUCUUGACAUUUCCUGAUAUGUCAUCCCCAUAGCAGACAGUUGGGGGCACUAGUGUUCCACUCCUCCAUCUAGACAUGACCUCAUCUGAACAAGUGGCAUUAUAGCAUAAGAUUGCUGGGAAGCCUUUAAUGUUGGCUCAGUGCUUACAUUGUACUUGCCAUUUUGCUUUGUCAAGGAGUAAGUAGUCAACUGUGUAGCCUAUGCACAUGGAUGGAUGGUAUCUGCAUUCUGAUCACACUGUGCCUUUAAAAGGUAUUAGUUUGUAUAUGCAACGUUCUACCCUCAUGUAUUUUCCCCAGUUUGUUUGAAAGGCUUUAUUUAUUUCCCUUGAAUUGAAAAUAUAAAUUGCUGACAAAUCCUUAUGGCUUGUGACCAAAAUAAUGAAUUAGCCUAUAGUGCCUCUAAAUGAUAAUAAUAGGCCUAAUAUUUUUUUACGGAUGAUAUGACUGUCCAUUAUUGUGUUAUCCCAUUUACACGAAUGUGGACUGUAAUUUAUGUAAUCAGUGUUAUUUCAUCUUUUUAAAUAAACCUGAUGGUGAAAUAAGGAUAUUGU